GCUUUCUCCCACCGCCUUUUUAUUAGGCCCAUAUCUAGCGGAGCCCCGACUCCCUUCUUCAUGGCGUCGCUCCUGUGCUGCGGGCCCAAACUGGCUGCCUGUGGCAUCGUCCUCAGUGUCUGGGGAGUGAUCAUGUUGAUAAUGCUCGGAAUCUUUUUCAAUGUCCAUUCUGCCGUCCUUAUUGAGGAUGUUCCCUUCACAGAGAAAGAUUUUGAGAAUGGCCCCCAAAAAAUAUACGACCUUUACGAGCAAGUCAGCUACAACUGUUUCAUCGCCGCGGGUCUUUACCUCCUCCUGGGAGGUUUCUCUUUCUGCCAAGUUCGGCUCAAUAAACGCAAGGAAUACAUGGUGCGCUAG